UAUCUUUGUGGAACGGAUAUCACUUUCGAAUGGUUACACCGAAAACUUGUCGAUGCUCUGAAUGUGGAUGAGCCGAAGCCGAACUGGAUUGCAGAAUGCAUCGAAACGUUACCGUAUAAAAAGAUGCAACGAUCAAAAGUGAUCAGAGUAACACUGGGAUGGGAGAACGUUGAUCUGCCGAGAAGCGUUAUCCUGAAAGUGGCGCUAAGGCAGAUCACUUGUGAUGACGAGGGUGGAUAUGUGGAUGAAGAGACUAGCCGAUAUGUCAACAGCACCUUCAGAAGAGAAUGUAUCGUCUAUGAAUGGUUCAAGCAACACAAAAAAUUGGCCGUACCCCGAACGUUGCAUAUCAGAAAGCAUUCGACAGAAAGCACCUGUGGUGUGUUGCUAAUGCAAGAUCUAUGCGAGAACACGCCUCAACGUGGCCAAAUCAUCCAAGCACUCACCUUGCAAACCACAAAAGACUUGCUCAAAAAUUUGGCUAUUAUUCAUGCUAAAUCACUACUAUCUGGUGAGCAGUUUCAGUUGCCAACCAAUAUAAGUCCACCAUUAAUUAAUUAA